CACCAACAGCUUCACCUCUCAUCAUCUCUCAACUUCCCACUCAUCAAAACAACACAGACUCAACCAUGGCUUCCUGUGGACCAUCCUGCGCUGUCCCAUCUUGUGCUUCCACCCCAGUCGUUGGUUUUGGAUCAGCCGGUCUUGGUGGCUUUGGCGGUGGCCUUGGCGGUGGCCUUGGCGGUGGCCUUGGCGGUGGAUUUGGCUAUGGUUCUGGCUAUGGCUUUGGCUCCGGUGCACUGGUUGGAUCCGGCGUCCCUUCUGCUAGUCUUGGUAUUCUUUCUGGAGUCCAGCCUUCAUGCGUCAACCAGAUCCCACCAGCAGAGGUCGUGAUCCAGCCACCCGCCUCCAUCGUGACCAUCCCAGGACCCAUCCUCUCUGCCAGUUGCGAGCCUGUGUCUGUCGGAGGCAACACCCCAUGUGCUGCUGGUGGUUAUGGAUCCGGAUUUGGCAGCGGAUUUGGCAGUGGAUUUGGCAGAGGUCUCUAUGGUGGUGCCGGUCCUCUGGGGUCUAGCUCUGGUGCUUGGGGGGGCCGUGGCCGUUAUGGGUUUGUGGGGCGUAGAGGCAGCAUCUGCUAUACCCCCUGCUAAGCUCUCAUGGUCUGUCAGCAAGGAGGAAAGAAAAAGAGAUCUAGGGUGGACUAUUUAGGUCUGAUUUUAGAUAUGCUGAGCACCCUAACUCCCUAGGCAAUCCCAAGGGGAGCUGGGAGAGUGUUCUGCAUCCCUUGUAAUCAGGCCCAUCUAGAACAUGCAGCUGUUUCCAGUUUAAUUUUAUCUUACUUUCCCCUGUUUGUUACUUUCCUUUAUGAUAUUUAUUUGCCUACAUCUCUUUGAAGCACACCAAUUCCCAUCAGGAAGAAAAGCACAAGAUCCAUUCACUAUGUCCAUGAAAUUAGCACCAAAGUGUAUAUAUUUAUAAUUGGGACUUAAUGUAAAGGAAGGUGGAAAUAAUGUUCUAUAAAUGUAGAAGCCCCUACUCUUCCUCCAGCCUGAAAAAAUAAUUCUAAACGAGAAGCUGUUCGCUGAAUUGCGUUCAUUUUUGCUUAAUU